AUGGGCAAAAAAGGUUUAAGCGUUGAAGAAAAGCGGCAAAGAAUCCUGAAUAUUUUUUAUACACGAGUAACAACUACUUAGAAAGAGGUUUUUAAUCUCAAAGAGAUCGAAAACAUCGGCAGCAAAGCAGGAGUUGUAUUGCAGACAAUUAAAGAUAUUGUUCAAAGUUUAAUAGACGAUAACCUUGUCGAGCAAGAUAAAAUUGGCGCAGGGAACUUCUUAUGAGCUCUCCCAUCCAAAUCUCAGCAAAUGAGAAGAAUAAAAAUUGAUGACCUAUCGAAUAAUAUUUCUGAACUAAAAACACAAAGGAAAGCAUUGGCUCAAGAGCUUGAAAAUAAGAAAGAAGAAAAACCACAAAGCAAAGAGAGAAUUGAGCAACUUAAAUCUCUAAAAAGAUUGAAAGAAUUAAAAGAAAAGCUGACAGCUGAGAGAGACUCACUUAAAAAGUGCUCUAAAGCUUCUUAUGAGCAAAAUUUAGCAGAAAUAGAAGAAUGCAAGAGGAAAGCUAAUAUAUGGACAGAUAAUAUUUGGGUAGCAAAAUCAUGACUCAUGAAACAAAAUCCAGCAAUUUCAGAAUCUGACUUGAACGCUCAUUUUGGACUGCCAAGUGAUUUGGAUUCAAUUGAUUAG